AUGAGAACCUUGAUGCUGGCCAGCUUGGCGGUGGUUGCCAUGGUGUCCACCGUUGUUGUGGACGGGGCGAUGGUGACCAAAUGCGAGGUGAAGGACCACAUCGAAGGCCUGCUCAGCAAAACAACCCCCGAGGAGCGGGAGAACAUGACCAUCACCAUGGACAAACUGACUGCCAUAAUCACGUGCCACGUUGAGUUGACCUCCGGCUUCAACACCAGCGCUGUUAACCUGUUACCUGUUCCUGACGUCGGAGGUGGAGCAGGCGUCAGGUGGACCCCCGCGGACGUCUGGACUCUCUACGGCAUCUUCCAGCUUCCUGGUAGUGUGAUCUGCAACUCCGGAAUGGGGACUUCCCUGAACUUGUGCGCGAUGGACUGCUCCAAGUUGGUCGAUGAUAACAUCGAUGACGAUAUCAAAUGUGUUGAAUCACUGAAAGCCAAAGAGAUCAAGACGUUGUUCCCGAGGGAAUGCUGGGCCGUCACCUACGAUGAGUACUUCGCAGAGUGCUCUUAA